AAAGAAAACUUCAUUUUUCGUCAUGACACAAUCAAAAGUACACUAUUGUAGAAAUCCUAGUAGUGGACUGAGCAAUUUGAUUCUUCAUAAAACAGAAUGGGAGAGAAUUACAAGGCAGACGAAGCCGCAGGAGAAUCGUUUGGAACAGGAGAAUAAAUAUUUGCAGGCAUUGAUAGAACAGUCGCGGGCAUGGAUGAAAAAUUGGCCAGACACCGUAGAAGGUUGCAUAGCAAAAGCAGAGAAGAAAAAGAAAAAUCAACGGGCAAGAGAACUGGCCACAAUCAAAGAGUUCGCAAAUAGAAAGAUCGUGAAAAACAACGAGGAAGUCAUAGAACAGGCGAGACAACAGAUCUUUGAAGGAAGCUGUUACGGAAACAAACUUGUGAGUGCACUUCAUGAAUCCAAGGACCAAGAAGAAAGAGAGGCACAAAUCAAUUUUAAAAAAGAAAUAAAGCAGAAGGAAAAGGAACAAGAACAGAAGAAAACUAAAACGGUGACGUUCUGUACCUUCGACUUGGACAAAGACAGCGAUAUUAUGAAGGAACAACGGAAAUGUAUUGAGGUUGAAAACUCUAAAACGAAUAAAGAAAUGUUUGAAAAACAAAAAGAAGAAGAAGCUAAGGCGAAGGAGAAACAGAAACAAGCAGAUAUUACUGACGCACAACUAAUGAAGCGUCUUCUAGAACUUGAACAUGAAGCCGAGACCAAAAUGAAACUUGUCGAAAAACAAGCUUUAGACCAAUGUGCAACUGAAUACAAAAAGACAAAAGACGAGCUGGCUAAAUGGGAAGCUGACUAUGUUGCAAAAAUAGAAGCUUGUCGAAAGGAACAGGAACAACUGAACUGCCAAAUCAAGCAAGUCCAUGAACGGGUCAUCAAAGAAUAUCGAGAAUCAUCAAAAAUGAAAAAUAACUUCGAUGCCACAAAACAGUUGCAAUUAGAAAAAAAGAAAAUUUUCGAUGACUUUCUCGCAAAAUAUAUCAAGAGAGGAGAAGAUAGAGCUGCUAAAAAGGAACGCAAAAAUGCCGAGAAGAAGAAACAAGACCGCAAAAACAACAAGACUAUAGCUGAUAUCAACAAAUCAAUGGCGGAGGCUGUGAACCAACGACAAGGCGUCAACAAGUGCUACUGCGACCGACAAUGUUAUAUUACGAAGUCGGAAAAGCCACGCAUUAUGAAGAAAGCAACUCGAGAUGCUAUUGAGCCGGAGGUUAGAGCAGCCAAACCGCUUCCAUACUUCGGGCCCCAGAGAAAGCUGCUGGCAGACCUGAGACGUCGCGAGAAGGAACCCAGUCCGUGGUCCGGCACAAAUAGCAUACAUAUGCUGUUCUUUAAGAAUGCUGAAAAAACUUUAAACGAAUGCAAGAACAAAAUACCCGCGAGAAAAGUUAUUGAUGAAUACAAUAAAUACAAUGGAUUGAACAGGACGACCUUCAAUUAUGAUUAAACUAUAGUUUUGUCUUGUUACUUUUUAAUUAGUAGGUCCCCAAAUAUGUAUAAAAUUUUAGUGUUUAGUUUAAAUAAAAAACGAUUUCG